UUCAGCUGAUGCAACAUUACAGCUCAGUAUAAAACCGGCUGCCGUCAGAAGAGCAACACAUUCAGCCUCUCGCAUUCAUGGAAGGAACAAAGAAACACUCAGUGGAAGAGCUGGGCGAGCUGUCGGGGAAACACUCGGAGGACAUCACGUUAACAUGGUCUAUACUCAAGCCCUCGUGUUCGGGAACGGGAUGUCCGUCAGGAGCGAGCAGGAAAACCUAGCUGAGAACCUGAGCUUUCUACAGCACUUCAGAUCAGACAGAGACGAACUCAAACACUGCGGCAGACUCAUGAAAGCACACAGCUCUUCAAGUCUGGGAUCCGAGUGCAGUUUGGAAGGAGAAGACGCGUGUCUUCAAUUCGACCUGGCCAGACGCAUUGAGAAGUGCCUCUAUGAGGCCAAAGGAGCCAGUCUGAGUUGUCAGGAGCUGCGUCUGCCCAGGCGCAUGACCGCACGCGUGACCGGAGACAUCCUGCGCUCAUCCAUGGAUGAGCCAUGUGGGAUACGAGGCGCGCUGAUCCACAUGUUCAUGGAAAGCAAGGGCACACUACUGAAACUGGGCACCGUCAUUCCUGAUCAGAGUCUCACACCCACUUUUGAGGUCUCGGUGGUCCUGCAGCCUGAUCUGGGUGGAUGGCCUCCGCUGAAGAUCCUGUUCAGAAGCGGGAAGGUCUUGAGCCUCAGACGGGAAUAUCGGCUGAUCAAGCGGAAGCUCUACUCGUCCGCCACUCCUACUGUACUUGAGUUUUAUUAAAAGUUUGGUAUUAAGAGUAAAAAGGAGAAGACAAUGCCUGAGGUCUUAGAGGAAGAGGACAACUUUAGGAAAAGCUCAUUUUGCACAUUAUUAUUAUUAUUAUAACUGUUGUUACAUCAGUGUAUUUCAGAGUUCACUGAAUGGUGUUUAAAAACGUAAAUGAUAACGUUCAAUCAAAGAAGGUGAUAUUGUGCAACUGAAAUUUCUAACACAGUAUGAGCAGCUGUUAUAAUACUGCAUUAUGUUUGCUUAAAAUAUCAUUAAUAUACAUACAAAUAGUUA